AAACGAUAGAUGGGUGCAUCUUUAGACAUUCAUGAAAAAGUUUUGGGAAUUUUGUACAUUGUUUAUUGGCAAUACUGGAAAAUGAUAACAUUUCUUGGUCUGUGAUGGAAUCAUUAGUUGUUUUGUUUUUGUGUUUUUGGGUAAAGCCAGGUGUUGGUAUUUCGAUAUCAUUAGCAAUUUUGCGUUGAAUUCUUGAUGAAGAAAAAUGGUUAGAAGUAGAAGUCAUCGGAAGAGGUCCAGGAGCAAGUCCCCGAGCCCGGGACGCAAGCGAGUCCGCAGGUCCCGCAGUCGUGAUCGGAGGCUGCCAAGAGCGCUGCGACCACCGCCUUUGCUGUCCAGGAAACUAAGGUCCAGGCGUAGCCGGUCGAGAGAGAGGGACCGAGAACGCGACAGGCACAGACGAUCACACAGUCGAGAUCGCAAGCGGGGUGACAGCAAGGACCGGAGGUCGACCAAGGCGAAGGGCAAGCGGGAUCGAUCGCGCUCCACGUCAAGGGAUCGUGACAAAAAAGACGAGAAGGAUGAGGAAGCAUUCGACCCUUCGCACCUGGACAAGGAGGAAGAACAGAAGCGCUUGGAGUCGGAGAUGCAGAAGCGCAGAGAGAGGAUCGAACGGUGGCGGGCGGAGCGCAAGAAGAAAGAGCUGGAGGUGACCAAGAAGGAGAUAAAGGGCAACAUCCUAGCCAACCUGCAGCUGCCCAUGAAGAAGUGGACGCUGGAGGACGACAGCGACGAAGAGGAGUCGGCACACGACAACAAGGAGAACCAGGUGGAGGAGCUGGACCCCCUGGAUGCCUUCAUGCAGGAGGUGCAGGAGGAGGUGCGCAAGGUGAACAAGCUGGACGGCAAGAAGGCGGACAGCAAGGCCCAGGGCCCCGCCGUCAGCACCAACAGCCAGGGCGUGGUGAUCGUGUCGGGCGUGGCCAAGAAGAAGGCGGACAAGCGGAAAGGGGAGCUCAUAGAGCAGAAUCAGGACGGCCUCGAGUACUCGUCAGAGGAGGAGGAGGAAGAUCUGAACGCGACUGCGGCCGGCAUCGCCAACAAGCAGAAGAAGGAGCUGGCGAAGGUGGACCACACACACGUCGAGUACACCCCCUUCAGGAAGAGCUUCUACGUGGAGGUGCCGGAGAUCACACGCAUGACGCCCGAGGAGGUUGAGAUAUACAAGGAGGAGCUGGAGGGCAUCCGCGUGAAGGGCAAGGGCUGCCCGCGGCCCAUCAAGACGUGGGCGCAGUGCGGCGUCAGCAAGAAGGAGCUCGACGUGCUCAAGAAGCAAGGCUACGAGAAGCCGACGCCCAUCCAGGCCCAGGCGAUCCCCGCCAUCAUGUCAGGACGAGACCUAAUAGGCAUAGCCAAGACGGGCAGCGGCAAGACGCUGGCCUUCCUGCUGCCCAUGUUCCGCCACAUCAUGGACCAGCCGCCCCUCGAAGAGACGGAAGGCCCGAUUGCCCUGAUCAUGGCGCCCACCCGGGAGCUGUGCAUGCAGAUCGGCAAGGAGUGCCGCAAGUUCAGCAAGUCGCUGAACCUGCAGGCGGUGUGCGUGUACGGAGGCACGGGCAUCUCCGAGCAGAUAGCCGAGCUGAAGCGCGGGGCCGAGAUCAUUGUGUGCACCCCGGGCCGCAUGAUCGACCUGCUGGCGGCCAACAGCGGUAGAGUAACGAACUUGAAGAGAGUUACUUACGUUGUCCUGGACGAGGCUGACAGAAUGUUCGACAUGGGCUUUGAACCUCAGGUGAUGAGGAUCGUAGACAACGUACGUCCGGACAGGCAGACCGUCAUGUUCAGUGCCACUUUUCCCCGACAGAUGGAGGCAUUGGCUCGGCGCAUCCUCAGCAAGCCCAUAGAAGUGCAGGUGGGCGGCCGCAGCGUGGUGUGCAAGGAGGUGGAGCAGCACGUGGUGGUGCUGGAGGAGGAGCAGAAGUUCCUGAAGCUGCUGGAGCUGCUGGGCCACUACCAGGCCCUGGGCAGCUGCAUCGUGUUCGUGGACAAGCAGGAGAACGCCGACGAGCUGCUCAAGGACCUGAUGAAGGCGUCGUACCCCUGCAUGUCGCUGCACGGGGGCAUCGACCAGUUCGACCGCGACUCCACCAUCCUGGACUUCAAGAGCGGCAAGGUGAAGCUGCUGGUGGCCACCUCGGUGGCGGCCCGCGGGCUCGACGUGAAGCACCUGAUCCUGGUCAUCAACUACGACUGCCCCAACCACUACGAGGACUACGUGCACCGUUGCGGCCGCACCGGCAGGGCUGGCAAUAAGGGCUACGCCUACACCUUCAUCACUCCGGACCAGGAGAAACUUGCUGGUGACAUAGUGCGUGCCCUGGAGCAGUCCAUCGUUCCCGUGCCGGAGCCUGUGCGGGAGCUGUGGGACCGCUACAAGGCCAAGCAGGCUGCCGAAGGGAAGAAAGUGCACACGGGGGGAGGAUUCAGCGGAAAGGGCUUCAAGUUUGACAACAUGGAAUCCAUAAUGAAUAGCGAAAAGAAGAAGUUCCAGAAGGCAGCACUUGGCCUGCAGGACUCGGACGACGAGGACCUGGAGCACGACAUCGACCAGCAGAUAGAGAACAUGCUGGCCCCCAAGAGGACGGUGAAGGAGAUCAAGGCGCCGUACGGAGGCAUCAACCCCGCCAAUGCAGUCCCGAACCCCAUGAUGCCGAGCGCGACGGACAAGCUGGAGCUGGCCCGCAAGCUCGCCUCCAAGAUCAACAUGGCGAAGAACCUGGGCGCGGAGGCGAAGGGCGCGACGCAACAAGCGGCGGAGGCCAUCCUCAAGGGGGGCGGCUCCCAGCCCCUCAUCACCGCCAAGACGGUGGCGGAGCAGCUGGCCGCCAAGCUCAACAACAAGCUCAACUACCAGCCCAAGGAGGAGGACGAGAAGGCGGAGGAGGAGACGGUCGAGACGUUCCGCAAGUACGAGGAGGAGCUGGAGAUCAACGACUUCCCGCAGACGGCGCGCUGGCGCGUCACCUCCAAGGAGGCGAUGGCCCAGAUCAGCGAGUACUCUGAGGCGGGCAUAACGGUGCGCGGCACGUACUUCCCGCAAGGGAAGGCCCCGCCGGAGGGCGAGCGCAAGCUCUACCUGGCGAUCGAGAGCACCAACGAGCUGGCCGUGUCCAAGGCCAAGAUAGAGAUCACGCGCCUCAUCAAGGAGGAGCUGAUGAAGCUGCAGAGCUCGGCGCACCACUUCAUCAACAAGGCCCGCUACAAGGUCGUGUAGGUGCAGCGUCGAGGAGAACCGCUGCGAGGUCGUGCAGCGCACAGCAGCACCGAGUCCUGCUGCAAGGUCGUGAAGGGUCGCAUCGUCACGGGAGACGGCGUAGCUUGCAGCAUCUUGGAGGCCUGCUACAGGUCUGUGUAGCUGCACCAUCAACAAGGCCCGCUACACGGUCGUACUGUUGCCAGCGUGUCGCCGAGGCGUGCUACAGGCAUUAUCGAAGCUUGUUCUUGGAUUAUGUAGCAUUAACUUUAGUAAAAAAGGCUCGACUUCAACGUCAUGAAGUUCUAACAUCUGCGUCAACAAGGUUCAUUGCAAAGUUGAGGACUCGUGUAAUUUCCAAGACUUGCUAAAAUGUCACUUCUGUGUUCGUCCAGUUAAAUACAAAAGAAAUUUUUUUUAAAAAAGUGUAUAUUAUCAUGUAUAGCUGCUAGUAUCAUAUUUAUGUGUUUUAUCGAUUUUGGCAUUAAACUUGUUUUUUCGCCAGA